UAUUACCUUGUUAACAAGACUAUAUAUUUUGUUAGGUUGGGGUCAUUAGGAAGUUAUGUAAAGAAUGUGGUUUGGACUCCAAAGGAUCCCGCAAUGAUCUUCUAGGUAGGUUGUCAAAUGAAAUGAAAUCCAGACAAACGUAUGACAAAAUCUUUGACAAAAUCUGGGGGGCCUCUGGAGGCUGGGCAGUGAUCGUGUGCCCAUGUGGGAUUGUUUAGAGUAUCAAAUGCAAUCUGCGAGCUGAGAGCCCUCGAGACUUUGCAGACUUACUUUUAUCCUGGAAGCAUAUGCCAAAUGUCAUAAUUUAUGACUUUGCACGGGGUCUUGCAACGCACUUGAUUUUAAGGGCAUCAGAAAAAGUACCCAUCUCUCCUUUUGAAGGUCGCUUAGCAGAACCCACUCAAUCCAACAUAGAAUUGGCCAAAUGUGGACAGCUUAAAGUAUCACUACCUUGGCUGAACACUAAAAAGACAGUGCCAGACCUUAAUGGUCACCCAGUGACGGGUUCAUCGGAUCACUAUGUGCUUUAUGAUCGGUUUCAUGAAGCAAAUACAAAAGACAGCAAAGAUGUGUCGAGGAAGCUCACUCUAGUACCUCAGUUGGCUGGGAAAGUGAACAGCCAGGUUGCAGAGCAACUCUUCGCAAAGAUGAAAAAAAAAAACUACUUUUUGAACAUGUCUUUGCCAUCAACGCAUCUCUUUCAAAUGAGGAACAUAAUUCAUCACUAUAAUGAAAAGAAAAACAACAAAAGGCUGGAAGGAUUAAAGAAGACUUUUGGGGCCACAAUGGUGACAAAUGUGUAUGGACGAGCUGUGUUUGGUAAUCCAUGCUUCUCCCCUGAGGAUCCAAGUGGAACUGAAGUUGUGAUGGAGCACAGUACCCCGACUGUUACAAUGGUUACAACUGUUGGAAAUCGUAUGGUUUGUGACAUUAAACACUUGUCUGCCAGUAGAAGUUGUUGGGAUUUCCAGCCAAGUGAUAGGCAGACAUCAAUGCUUGACCAGGCUUUGAGUAAAAAUGACCCAGAUGAGAAAAUUGCUCAAGUUGGAAGAAUUACACUGCAGCGAAAAGAUUUCCGGACCUUGGGACUCAGUGCAGAGCUUGAGGCAACAGAUGACAUAGCAUCCAAGGAUUAUGUUCUGCUACCUGCUUGGAAGCCAUGA